AUGAAUGUCACGCAGGUGUUGGAGAGUACCCUGUCGCCUGAUGCGACGGCGCGCUCGAAUGCCGAACAGCAGCUCGCCCAUGCGGCGGAAGUUGACUUCGCCGGCUACCUCGUCACUCUCGGCCAGGAACUGGCUAACGAAGAUACUGCACCCCCCAUCCGGGCUGCCGCCGGUAUCGCCCUGAAGAACGCCUUCACCUUCAGAGAUGCCGCAAAACUGCGUGAAGUGCAAGCAAAAUGGCUCCAGCAAAUUACCCCCGAAAUCAAGUCGCAGGUCAAGGAACUUGCUCUCAAGACUUUGAGCUCCAAGCAUGGCCAGGCCAGCCAAUCGGCCGCCCAGUUCAUCGUUUCCGUCGCCGCCAUCGAGCUGCCGCGGAACGAGUGGCCCGAACUGAUGAAUAUUCUCGUCCAGAACGUCGCCAGCGGCUCCGACCAGCUGAAGCAGUCCUCGUUGGUCACCAUCGGUUUCAUCUGCGAGUCUCAGGAUGCCGAGCUGCGCGAAAGCCUGGGCGCCCACUCCAACGCCAUCCUGACCGCUGUCGUUCAGGGCGCGCGCCGCGAGGAGCAGAACAUGGACAUCCGGAACGCCGCCAUCAAGGCCCUCAGUGACUCCGUCGACUUUGUCCGGUCCAACAUGGAGAACGAGGGCGAGCGGAACUACAUCAUGCAGGUCGUCUGCGAGGCCACCCAGGCCGAGGAUCUCCGCGUGCAGUCCGGCGCGUUCGGCUGUCUGAACCGCAUCAUGGGCGCUUACUACGACAAGAUGCGCUUCUACAUGGAGAAGGCUCUGUUUGGCUUGAGCGUGAUGGGCAUGCGCAGCGAGGAGGAAGAUGUUGCCAAGCUGGCGAUCGAGUUCUGGUGCACCGUGUGCGAGGAGGAAAUUGCCAUCGAAGACGACAAUGCCCAGGCCCAAGCUGACGGCGCCCCCGAGGUUCGCCCGUUCUACGGCUUUGCUCGGAUCGCCUGCCGAGAGGUCGUUCCCGUCCUGUUGCAGACCAUGUGUCGCCAGGAUGAGGACGCCACGGACGACGAGUACAACGUCUCCCGCGCUGCCUACCAGGCUCUGCAACUCUACGCCCAGUGUGUGCAGGGUGAUGCCAUCCAGCCCGUCCUGACGUUCGUGGAGGAGAACAUCCGCAACGAGGACUGGCGCCACCGUGAUGCCGCCGUCGCCGCUUUCGGCGCCAUCAUGGAUGGCCCCGACCCCAAGGUUCUGGAGCCCCUCAUCAAGCAGGCCCUCGGUGUGCUCAUCGGCAUGAUGGAGGAUAGCUCCAUCCAGGUUCGCGACUCGGCUGCCUACGCUCUCGGCCGUGUGUGCGACUUCUGUUCGGAGACCCUCGACCCCGAGGUGCACCUCCAGCCCCUCAUCUCCUGCCUGUUCAACGGCCUGGCCAGCACCCCCAAGAUCGCCAGCUCCUGCUGUUGGGCGUUGAUGAACGUGGCCGACCGCUUCGCCGGUGACGUCGGUGCUCAGACCAACCCCCUUUCGAAGCACUUCCAGGACAGCGUCAAGUCGCUCCUCGCCCUGACCGAGAGACAAGAUGCCGACAACCAGCUGCGCACGGCCGGAUAUGAAGUCCUCAACUCGUUCGUCACCAACGCCGCCAACGAUAGUCUUCCCAUGGUUGCCACUCUCUCGGACGUCGCUCUGCAGCGUCUCGAGCACACCAUCCCCAUGCAACAGCAGGUUGUCAGCGUGGAGGACCGCAUUACCCUGGAGGAGAUGCAGACCAGCUUGACCAGCGUUGUUCUCGCCAUUGUUCAACGCCUGGAGACCGACGUCAAGCCGCAGGCCGACCGUAUCAUGCACGUCAUGCUCCAAAUCCUCACGACGGUUCCCCCCAAGUCCAGCGUGCCGGAUGUUGUUUUCGCCACCGUGGGUGCCAUCGCUGGCGCUCUGGAAGACGACUUCGUCAAGUACAUGGAUCCUUUCACCCCCUUCCUUUACAACGCUCUGGGCAACCUCGAGGAGCCUGGUCUCUGCUCCAUGGCCAUUGGCUUGGUCAGCGAUAUUUCUCGUGCAUUGAACGAGAAGGUCCAGCCGUACUGCGACACCUUCAUGAACUACCUACUUACCGACUUGAGCAGCGCCUCCAACCAGCUGAAGCCCGCCAUCCUCGAGUGCUUCGGUGAUAUCUGCCAGGCAAUCGGCACCCAGUUUGACACCUACCUGGCGGUGGUGGGCCAGGUCCUCCAGCAGGCCUCGGUGGUCACCGUCAGUGCCGACGUCACCAUGGAGAUGCUCGACUACAUCAUCUCGCUUCGUGAGGGUAUCAUGGAUGCCUGGGGUGGAAUUAUUCUGUCGUACAAGGGCACGCCUUCAGUUGGUCAACUCCAGCCUUUCAUCGAGUCCAUCUUCCAGCUCCUGCACCUGAUCUCUCAGGAUCCCACCCGCAGCGAAGGCUUGAUGCGGGCUUCCAUGGGUGUCAUUGGUGACCUAGCGGAGUCAUUCCCUAACGGUGAAUUCGCUAACUUCUUCCGCAACGACUGGGUGACUUCGCUGGUCCGGGAGACCCGGAUGAGCCGGGAGUUCGGACCUCGCACGAUCGAUACCGCCCGCUGGGCCCGCGAGCAGGUCAAGCGACAGAUCAGCUUGGCGACCGCCCAGUCCAUGGCGUAA